CGGAGCUGCAUCUGGAGCCUCUUCCUCUGGGCUGUGCGGGUCAUUAUGUUACAUGUAAACUCCCACUCGUGCGGCUGGGUGGAUAUCCGCGGUGUUCUGACCGCUGGUUAUUUAAAAGACGGGAGAGACGAGGUCUGACUGCAGCGGGUGCUGUUGUUGGUCGGAGAGCCCGCUGACUGAACUUGUGAGGAGAGGAGGAGAGAGGGAGCUGUGCGCUCUCUUCCCGGCAGAGUGCGUCCCGCUCCGCACACACACAUAUACACAUCCACACACGCACACACACACACACAUACACACACAUCGGGGUCACUCUACUUUCAGGCAGCGGACUGGUUUCCACUCCCGCACCUCCUGAAUAUCGCACAUGAACAGUCUGAAGGACGUCAGCAGACAUUUCCUACCUGUGCGCCUUCAGCGUGCGUCACAGAAACUCUGCUGUUUCUUCGUGUUAAUUGUUUCCUCCGCGGUUUCCCAUCCGGUGAUUUUGGAUUACGGAGAAUAACAAGCGGCGUGGAGCGCGUAACUCUCCGCAAAUCAUGGAUUUAUGGAUAAAGUUGAUGUUGUUGUGCAGCUGCUGCUUUGGAGCAAGUGCAGACUUUGAUGGCAGGUGGCCGCGGCAGAUGGCCUCAUCCAACGGCCUGUGUCGAUACGGGGCCAGAGUGGACUGCUGCUGGGGAUGGACACGCCGUUCCUGGGGUCACUGCCAGCGUGAGUGCCACCGUGCCUGCUGCUGCUGCUGGGGGCAAACAGGGCUAACAAGGUUGCAAGCUGUGUGCCAGCCUGGCUGUAAGCACGGAGACUGCGUGGGACCCAAUAAAUGCAAGUGCCACCCUGGUUUCACCGGCAAGACCUGCAAUCAAGAAGAGGAGCUGGACUAUUUAACUCCACCUGUGUGGUUCAGUCACCCUCCUAUCUUUCUUCCCGUGGACCAUCAGCCAGCGAGAGUAGUGAUGGAGGACCUGAAUGAGUGCGGGCUCAAGCCGAGGCCUUGUAAACACAGGUGCAUGAACACAUAUGGGAGUUACAAGUGCUACUGCCUCAACGGCUACAUGCUGAUGCCUGAUGGGACCUGUGGAAACGCUCGCACUUGUGGCAUGGCCAACUGCCAGUACGGCUGCGAGGUGCUGAAAGGAGAGGUCCGAUGUCAGUGUCCAUCGCCGGGGCUACAGCUGGCUCCGGAUGGAAGAACCUGUGUGGAUGUGGAUGAGUGUGCAGCAGGGAUCGCGGUGUGUCCCAGGUUCAGGAAAUGCAUAAACACCUUUGGUAGCUACAUCUGCAAGUGCCACGAAGGCUUUGACCUGCAAUACAUCAAUGGGAAAUACCAAUGCAUAGAUGUGGAUGAGUGCUCUUUAGGCCAGAGCCACUGCAGCAGCUUCGCCACUUGCUACAACACGCCAGGCUCGUACAAGUGCAAAUGCAAAGACGGCUACAGGGGGAUGGGCCACGACUGCAAACCCAUUCCUAAGGUUGCUAUUGACCCCCCGAGACCAGGCAAACUGCCUCCAAAUCAUCACAACCACAUCCCUGACAUUGAUCAGAGGAGGACCACCACCACCAUCCACCCACCAGUGACUCAAAGGAGGAUCUUCCCCAUUAUCCCCAAAUCGACAGCCGCGACUACGACAACCACAACGACCAAAGCACCUCCGAAGAGGGUCACCCCACCUCCACGCAAGCCGGCAGUUCCCACCAGGAGGCCCUUUAUCCCGACCAGGAAACCACCAGCACCCACGCACAAGCCCUACAUCCCACCAAAGCCAGCGGCUCCAACCAGACGCCCCACGCCAGCACCAGGCGCACCAGUCACACCAGUAGACAACACCAUCCAGAAGGAGGUCACCAAACAGAGAGGGGAUGUCCACAUCCCUCGGAACCACGGCCAUAACACCGUCCUUGGCAUCGACUUUGACAUUGAGCUCGGCAACACGGCAGACGAAGCCAAGGACGACCCAGAGUCGGGCUAUCUGAGCUGCUCCUUUGAUGACGGUCUUUGUGGCUGGAUCAGGGACAAAGACGGAGACCUGCACUGGGAGACGACGCCUGAUCCGUCAGGUGGACGAUACCUCACCAUUCCUGAGGUAGGCAACAAGAGGACAGGGCGAGGGGCACGGCUGGUCCUUCCACUCACCCCUCCCUGGAACGACGGCAAUCUGUGCCUGUCAUUCCGUCACAAGCUGGCAGGUCACCACGUGGGCAUGCUGCAAGUGUUUGUGAAGAAAGGAAAGCAGUACAGUCCAGCAGUGUGGGGCCGGACGGGUGGAAAUGGCUGGAGGCACACCCAAAUCACAUUAUGGGGCACAGGCCUGGAAAGUGUGAUCCUGAAGGGGGAGCGUGGGCGAGGCCGGAGCGGCGAGAUGGCUGUGGACGACAUCACCCUGAGGAAAGGCUCCUGCACGGAGGAGCACAACCUGAGGAGACUCUGACUGACAGAACAGAGAAAGGCAGAAAGAAAACAAGAGGGAAAAUCAUCUCAAAGAGAACUGACUCUGUUGUGACAUCCCCUCACUCUGCCCGGGCUCUGGGUAA